CAAAAACCUAGCAGAAGGAACGCAGGGACGAGUUGCUGCUGUUGUGUAGUCCUCGUGGGGGCUUUUGACAUCACACAGCGUUAGCGUCCUCUGAAAAAAACCUACGUAAAUUCAAGCUCAACAAGAGGAGCAUGGCGGCAGCGACCUCUUGUCAGCAACAGCAUCUUCUGAAGCCGAGCAAACUACGAACUUUUCGAAGAUCUUCGUGAAGCAAGCGAUAAAGCGUCGAAGUCAAGGACUUAGUACAGUGCCACGCACGACGACCACGGAGUUCUUCUUGUUCUUUGGAACAAUAACUCAUCAUCCGCGAUUCGUUGGUACUAGCAGUGGAGAAAAUGGUUUAUUUCUCCCAAACUAGUACAACCGCCUCGAGCAGCAGUUCGUCUUCUAGAAGUGCAGCCUUAUUUUCUAGCAAAAGCAGCACGACAAACAGAACGAGAACGGCUUCUAGCACCAGCAUGACAACCAGAAACAAGAUGAGAAACACAGCAGCUAGCGGGAUGAUGUCCUUGCUUCUGUUCGGCUGCAACGACCUUUCUUGCCCAUCAAUCACGACCGGCGUCGUGGCUUCGGUAAAGACGAGCAAGCCCAUCGUGCCAGAAGGAGAUCCUAUUCCGGACGGGAACUACGAAGAGCCUGAAUCAGAAGCGCCACCGCUCGAAGAUCUCUCGACUUCGAAAGAAGGUGCUCCAGAAGUUGUACAACCUUCGCAGGACGAGAAUGCCGCGCACAUUUUUGAAGAUUUGUCGACCAACGUCCUGCCGAUGCCAGUGGUCCCGCUUCCGGAGACCCUGGAGGAUGUCAAACGACUUCCGUUCUGGAAUGCUGACGCCACGGCGCCGGCAAACGACGAUGCCAACCCGGAGCCGGUCUUUGUCCUGAAGGAUCCCGAGCACGCCGAGGUGCUGCCCGGCGAGGACGCCGUGAACCUGUCGGGCGACAAAGCGCAGGCCGAUAUCCACUGCAAAUAUGUCUGCUGGGUCACUGGAAGAUUGCAAGCCUUUUCAUGCAGGUUUUCCAUGACCGUGACCCAUGGGGUAGGGAAUGCACGGCCCCGCCGCAUGAGGACAAAUACCCUGACGAGAGAUCUUGUUCUCUCAAUCAUGCCUCUCCUGCAUGAGAAACUCUCUCUUGACUUGGUCAAAAUUGGACAGCUACAACUUUUGGCAAUCAUACAACACAGACCUAUGCGUGAUUCAGUGUUCGCAUGACAAGUUCAAGUUUCAGUCCCAGACAUGUUUGCAAUGCAUAGCCGAAAAGCAGCUGCAGGAGGAGAUCGAGGAACACGGAGCGCCGGAAAUGACGCCCCUGCAACUGGACAUGAUUGGGGCGCAGGAAGCGUUUAAGCUGCACCACAUCGUGAUAGAACGCAACCGCUGGAUGCACGCGAGCCAGCACCUGCAACAGCCAACAGACGCGGCCUAUCGGGGAUUUCAGUAAACAGUUUGAUUUUAUUGCAAUUGCAUCAUUUUUCCUCGUUCAUAGGAAAAAUUAGAAUUAUAGAGGAAAGUAAGUUUACGUUAGACAACAUUUUCUCCACCUCGUGCAAUCCUUACUUCCACUUACGUAAUUCAUCCCUGAUGUAUGUAAAAAAUCAGGUCCAUGGCGAUGCGCAUGAAAUUCGAGAAGAUGGAUUGGAUCAGCUACAACCAGAAGUUAUCCUGAGCAAAAGUAUCGUACUCGUACUAACUGCAAUUAUGCAUGACAAGAAACGUUGAUGUCCCUAAGGUAAAACAGCAUGACAAAUCCCAGCUCUUAUGCUGAGGAAAUGCGUAUUGCAUUUAUACGAGUACGAUACUUUUGCAAUGCAUAGAAGUGUCUCCGCGUGGAAGAGUUUGCGCAGGCCAACCAGUGCAUGAGCGACAUGAGCACCGACCUGGUCAAGAUGAACAAGCUCGCGCUUGUGAAGUGCCAGCAGUACUUCAUUGAGCUGGAUGAAGUAACCUCCCAACAUACUAAGGGGAAAAGUUCAAGAAUAAGAAUCCGAGCAAAAAUUGACUAGGGGGCCCAGCGACGGUAGGUGCUGGGUCGUGUUGUUGUAGUUUUUUUGUAGUAGGUACAAGAAAUAUGCCAAACACGGAAGAAAAAGGGGAAAAUACAAAAGGCCGGCUGCGGCCCCACCCCCAGGCUGCGGCCCGGCGCUUCUACGGCCCGGCCACCGCCCCGGCCCCGCCCUCGCCCGAUGCUUUUGUUGGCCGGGGAACCCAAAGGGAGCCGGAGCCCAAUUCUGUGGCCCUUUCGGAGGGCCAAAAAAUCUCAAGGGGGGGGCCUCCGCGGGGGCGUUCGCGGGGGGGUCUUCAGGGGGGUCGAUCUUUCUAUUCUUGAAAACUCAGCACCCAUGCUAUGGUGCCGAUUUGGGGGCUCAGAGGGGGGGCGCCAAUUGGCCGUUUCCGGGCCCUUUUCGGAACCCCCCACCCUGUCCAUUCUUGAAAACUCAGCACCGAUUAGUAAUUGCCUAUUUUCAUGCUAAUCACGACCUAUAAGCAAAAAGGGGCGCGAGUUUUGAGGCUGCCGCAUUUUUGUAAGGAGUGUCUCCUUCAGACCGAUCCGAAAGCGGGCGCGCGCAAUGCUUCUGGGCCACCCUCACGAGCCACCCUCCGCGGUUUUCCAGCUGGAGAUGUACCUCCCCGACCUGCAGCGCGGAGUCCAUUUCGCCAUCUGCUUCUGCGCCCUCAUCGAACCCGCCUAGCUAUUUUUGCAAAAAUUCUUAUUCUUGAACUUUUCCCCGUAGUACAACAGUUCAUGGAUCUCGCCCAGACCUCCACCGUCAUGGCCGUCCGCGCGGGCCGGGUCGAAGCGCAGCUGUACAAUCCGACGAAACACGAGGAAGGCAAGGCCGCGAACCUCCACCCCCUGGUCGACGCGAUUCCGGGAUUGAUGCUGCCUACCAUCCACGCCCACAUUGCCGCCGCGAAGGACAUUUUGCGUUCCACAAGGGUGGCAACCAUCGAGGUCAACUUUUUUCAGCGGAAAUUUUCCCAGGCCGACGACGAGAAAUACGACGCGCGACCAGGGAACGAGGACAAGAUGCUCUCGAUUCCGAAAAUUGUCGGCAAAUUGCAGCAGGGCUUAGUAUAGAAUCACUUACUUGAUAGUGACACCAGCACAAAAACUCGGAUUCGGAUGUCAAUCGAUCGCGAAACUACAAGAACAAGCGCACGUUUUUUAAAAAAAAACUAAAACAAAAAACUAAAACACGUACUUGUACAGUAAAGAACAUUUAUCCGCGUCAUGAGAUGAGAAGACACGAACUGAUUGGUUUCUUGCGCAAGAACAAAAAACAGCUGUUAGGUAGAUGAAAACCUUCAAUUUUUUUGUUUUUCAUCAUCACAGACAAAGCUCCACGAGAUUUUCGCCGACGAUGCGGCCCGCACGGAAGUCGAGAAGAAAAUUUCCGCGAAAAUCCGUGUCCACGUCCAGCUCAAAAUGCUCGAGCGCGCGCGCAUUAUCGUCGAGAUGCAGGACUACGUGAACUCGAAGCUGCACUAUCCUGUGCAAAAGAGUAUCGUGCUUGUAGUGGUAGUUGUAAUUGCAGUCAACGCAUUAAAAAUCUUUUUCUGCAGGUAAAUCCGCAUCACAAUAAAACAAGCUCCAUUUCUUAUGCUGAAGAGGAAAUUUCAAUUUCAAUUUGUAAUGCAAGAAUUUUACAACUAGCUCUAGCACGAUACAAGACUUUUGCAAUGCAUAUGCACGUUCGGGCUCUGAUGAUCCAAGAAAUCAUCAGUCGCGAGCUCUACUCCGCCCACAACGCCAUGAUUCACUCGGUAAAGAUAUCCCAAGCAAAAACGUCCCGACCCCAUAGUCAAGUUGGGAAACUAGCAACACAAAGAAAUCUCCAAGUUGGGAGCUGCGCAUGACAAGUUUUCCUCUGCAGUGUAGUGCUGGUUGGUAAGGGAAGCCGCACGAUAGAGCCAUUUUCUCAUCCUGUUUACAGCAUUACAAAUUCCAAAAACGCGAUUGGUAAUGCCUCCCGUGAAGCUGCGCAUUACCUGUCUUUGCGCAUUUGCAUAACAACUCUGGGGGGGGCACGUUUUUACUCAGGAUAAAAGAUCAUGUGGCAGGACACGCACUUGCAGCGCCAGCGCAACUUAUCAAAGAAAAAAAGUUUGUCACGAUCACUCAUGCGUAUUUUUGCAAUACAAAAUUGUUUGUCAUGCGUAAGAGUGCAUCACAGCCAAACUUCAUUAGGGAUUUCCCUAGUGUUUCUGCAAUACAAGGAAAGUUUGUGGUGCUGAGAAAAUUUGUAUUGCAAAACCUGCAAGUUAGUGACUGUGACAAACUUUUUUCUCUCCAUACAACUACGAGAUCGAGUACUGGUUUCGGUUUCCCUACCCGCCGUAUUCCCCCAUCGAAAAGCUGGUCGCCUGGGAGAAGUGGCAGAUCGCCUCCGCGUGGCACGUAGGAAUUGCAAAAGUAAUACUAAUAUCAUGUUGGUAGAAGAUGUACUAGCUGCAUUGGGAGAAAAAGUUUGUACUGGUGAUUUUCCGAAAGAAAGAUCUCCUGUGAUGCAAUCUAUGCAAGUAGCACUACCACUACGAGCAAGAUGUUAAUACUUUUGCAAUGCAUAGCAGCGCAACGAGGUCUACAAUGAGUACAGCUUGCCGAUGCAUGAGAUGUUGAAGGGUAUGCUCUCCACGAAGCGGAUCCUGCGCACCGAGUUGAAGGGGAUCACCCGAGACUUCUUUUCCGUGGCCGUUUACUCGCGGCGUGACAUCGCCAAGUCGCGGGCCAUGGUGCGGUUUGCGGACUACCAGAUCGACGCGGCCGGGGAGAUUCACCAGAAACUGCAGGAUAUGCAUUGCAAAUAUGUCUGAGUCUGGAAACUUGUAAUGCUGUGUUGUGAAUAGUUGAUUCUCUGUAAUGCACAGCCAAGCAUGAGAAAUAUCUGCGCGGCUUAGUGUUGCGCUUUCCGCAUGAAAAACAAACUGCGUUUUGCAUUCCAAGCGAAAGGCUCUCUUCUUGGACACGCAUCACAAACUCUUCAGUCAUGCCAGACAAGCAUGACAAAUCUCGCAAUCUCUCAGACCCAGACACAUUUGCCAUGCAUACAGGAGCUGAUGGAGCGGAUCGACUACACGAAGCGCCGCACGGACGAUGCGGAACAGGACUGCCGGGGCGAGCUGCGGUCCUUCAAAACCUACACGGACAAUCUGCUGGAAAUUGAAGCGAAGCUGGUGCAGAUUACGCUGAAGGGCUCGGAUAUGGAAAGAAGAAAGUUUGUCACAGUCACUAACUUGCAGGUUUUGCAUUACAAGUUUUUUUAGCAUCGCAAGUUUUCCUUGUAUUGCAGAAACACUAGGAAAAUCCCCUACGAAGCUUGGCUGUCGUGCAUUUUUACGCAUGACAGCCAGUUUUGUAUUGCAAAAAUGCGCAUGAGUGAUCGCGACGAACUUUUUUUUGUUUGAUAUCGGAGGGACAGCCCGCGGAACGGUGGGAGAAACUGCGCGAAAAUGCGCAGAACGUUCUCACGGUAUAGAAGUUGUUAAAAGCUUCUUGUUCAUUCUAUAAGUACAUCAAUGAAGAUCGAAACAGCUUUUUUUUUCGUUGCAGUUGUACUAUAGCAUAAAAUCAAAAUGAGUACCAAAAAUUUCUGCACUUGUUGACGCACGUCACGUGCACGUCCUCGAGAUGAAUAAACUACAAGAGCACUGUUCUACACCAGGUUCUGCAAGGCGCGCACUUCCUGGAGAAGGCGAAGUUUCAAGAACUGGUAAAGACCGUCGAGGAAGUGAAGGAGAACGAUAUGGACAAACAGGUCACCGCCUCGAUUCUGGCCUACAAUCAGCGGGCAAAAGAAAUUAUGAAUCGCAAAAGCAUCGUACUCCUAGUAAUAGUAUGAAUUGCAUUUACAAAUUUCGCUAAGAAGAAAAAUGCAAUUUGUCAUGCUGGGUAAGGUACGAAAGUUUGAUUUAUCAUGCAUGACUGCAAUUCAUACGAGAAAGGUGCUUUUGCAUUUCAUACAAAUCUACGCGGCCUUGAACUCGGGCAUGGCGGAGUUGGCGAAAAUCUUCGGAGAGGACCUCAUCAGAAAAGUGCACGAAAUGUUAUCCAGAAAUAAAGAGUGUUCAGUUUUGAAGAUAGCGAUAAUUCUUGUCCACGAACUGCACUGGAUUUUUGCAUUGGUUCCUCCUGCGAAACCGACUGUCGCGACGAGGCAUGUUGUGCUACGCAAUUCAAAGCAGGAACAUUUUGAUGCGUUCUUCUUGCCGGAUAGCGAGACAAGAACAAGUUUCGAGCUACUUUUACCUCUACUAGCACUUUAUUUCUCUGUGAUACAUGUUCCAAGGCGUCGUUGCGUACCUUGACAGCGACUACUUUCACGUCGAGACGCCUGCGCGAUACCUGGUAUAAUAGGGCUUUUGCACUACAACUUUUUUUACCAGCAUCCUUGCAGCGCAUGACAAACUCAUGAUUGCACUAUGUGGACCUUUAUAUACUCUUUUACCUCUCAACCCAGCAAGUGACCGAGUCCGUCGUCCCCCUGCUGGUCCAGAAGACUUACCAAUUGCAAAUAUGGCUGGGUCUUGAAGAAUGCAAAUUGUGAUGCUGCAUUGGGAUGUCAAAAAAAAGCUGUAUUGCAUGAGCAGCAAAAGCAAUCUAAUUUUUGCUACGCGGAGAUGGCAUUUGUCAUGCGGACGAGGCAUCAAGAAGCCCUCAGAACAUCUGUGAGGCUAGGGCAUGCAUCACAGACAUCAUGGCUCACGCAAGACGUGCCUGACAAGUCUCAGAAUCUCCCAGACCCAGACAUCUUUGCAUUGCAUACGACUUCUCUGAUGCAGCGUUUGCUGCUGAAGUGGCUGGAGGAGCUGUACCUGAAAGGUGAGGGAAAGCUGUGGCAGGUCGUCCCCGAAUAUCCAGGACAAAAACUGUGUAAGUGUAACUUUGUAGGAAGAGCAGCAUCACAAACUCGUUUUGCGUUACAGAAAAAACCUGUCAUGCGCGGAUAGUACGUGAAAAGACGUACGAAACACGUCUAUCACGCACUUCCAGCAUGACAAUCGUAACUGUUUUGCAUUUUUUCCAUCACAGAUUUACACUUACACGGUUUUUUUCUUGCAUACCGAGACCGUCGCGUUUAUCGACCGGGUGCGGAAAAUAUCAAAUGCAAAAGUGUCUGGGUCUGGAAGGAUGUAACUUGUGAUGCGCAUUUCAGAACACAGAUGAAAAAUCUCUCAUGCAUAGGUAGCAAAGGCUGCCCAGUUUCUGUCACCAAACUGGGGGAUUUGUCAUGCGGAUUUGGCAUUGCGGAAGCUUCUCGAAACCUGCGAUGCUAGAGCUUCCAUGCCAGACCUUCUCUGUCAUGCAAAAAUAGCAUGACUCUUCCAGACCCAGACACUUUUGCAUUUGAUAGAAAAUCUUUGACCAGCUCGUAGUGAACCUGCGGUCCAUGGUCCUCCGCGCCGAGUUUCUGAAGGAGUCCCGCGGCCGGAUGCGCGACGCGAUCCAGAAGUCGAUUUCGGAGUUGGAGACCUGCAAAGAGCUGAUCUACGAAGACAUUACAGAGAACAACGUGGAGCGAGCCCUGCGCCGCGUGCACGAGACGCACGUGAAUCUGAAGCACAACGUGGGAAACUACACAACGGAACUGGACAGCACGGUCUCCUUAUCCACAGUAAAUUUUCCGUACGCGUACAAAUGCUGUCUCUGCGUGUUGACAAAAUGCGCCUUCAAUCCUAGCCAGCAUGACAAGUUUGACAUUCAAAGUGAGCGAAGUUUGUCUUGCAUUUUGUACAUGUGCGGGAAUUUUGUAUUGCAUACUCCUACAUUUGGGACACCAAGGACCAAGUCAUGGAUCACAUGUACGAAUUCGAUUUUAAUACUACGUCGCUUUUGUCUGCUGUAGCUUUAUUGUCAUGCGCAACAUGCAAGUUGAUUCUGUCUAUCAUGCUGGUCAUGCAUUGCAGAGCUGUAUCCGUAAAAAAACAAAAUUUCUACAGGAAAUCUGAGUUCCAGGUCGAGCUGGGCAAGUACGAGGAAUUUCUGCAAGUUGAGUUUCCGACCCUGAUCAGAACCAGCUGGGACGGUGUUUCCUCCGAAGUCGACAACAUCUGGCACGACAUCAGCAAUCGCCUGUAUUUAUGCAUUGCAAAUAAUUAUAUCGAUCUGGGUCCUCUUGAUUUGUGAUGCAGCGAGGAUUCAUUUGUGAAGCGUAAUCACGAUUGGGUAUUUUCUUUGUCAUGCUGUGAAAGCACUCAGGUUGUCAGGUCACGCCGCGAUGAAACACAGUAUUAGAACUCGCAACACCAAGCGAAAAAUUUGUGAUGCGUACUAGGCGCCGUACAAAACUACAUGAUCGCUGUGCCAUGCAUGACUCAGGAGCAAGAGCACAAAUUCGCUGCGUCUCUCCACCAGACCGAGACACAACAUAUAUUUGCAGUGCAUAGUAGUUGGCGAACUUGGCCACGCAGCUGAUGACUUACCAACGGGAUCUGGUCACCGACAUUCUGGACACGGACGCGGUAUCCUGAGUAAAAACGUCUCCACACCACAGUCGAUGGGAAAUCUGCUAGACAAAUCGGCCAGCUUUGGUUGUUUCGCAUGAAAAGUUUCUCCUAGUAGUGUCGUCCUCUUUAGGUAGUUCAGCAGCAUCACAGAUCUAGCACACCAUUUGGAUUUGAGCAUCACAAAUCGCACAACACCAACGGGAACUGCUUCCCUUUCCCAUGGGUCUCCGCAUGAGAAACAUUCUCAGCAUGCAGAUUGGCAUUAGUUACAACCCUGGGGCGGCGACGUUUUUGCUCAGGAUGCGCGGUGCUGUUUCACCAGACAUUUGGCAUGCGUGAAAUGAUCAUCGCGCUGCGCAUGUACGCGAUCGAUUUCCAAAAUGUGAAGCGAGCGGACUUCUGGGAUUGGCAGGAUUCGACUUUGAGUACUACUUUUCCUUAUUUCUUCUCUCGAAAUGAAAUCUUUGUCCUGGCAUUUUUCAUUCAGUACGAUCAUGCUUAUGACCUUGGAGUUGGAGGUGGAGAAGUGCAGUAGAGGAGUACUAAUGUAUUUACAAACAUACAACUUCCCAUAAAAAACAGCUGAACGCACGAAGCAAGCCCAGGAACUCGGGCUCACCAAGCGCAUGAACCCGACGUUGGUGGAUCCGGAGCUCCGGGUGAACAUGUUCGACCGCUUGCUCGAGGUUGCGGUGAUGGGCCGCAAGAUGGUGCAGGGCAUGCUCCGGGCGGUCACAGCGAGUGCGGCUGACGCAACGCGGAUCAUGACGGAACUGUCCUUCUUCAUGCUUCGGACGCCGUUGAACUUGAACGACCCACUUCUGGCGCAGACCAUCGCCCGUGAAAUGACCAUGACGAUUCAGGUAAAGUACAAGUAGACACGGAGCAAGAACAGGCGUCCAUAUUUUUAUGCCGCUCUAUUUUGCAUGACACGCAGUGCAACAGAUGUCUAUAGUAGCAUGACAGAUUUCUACGUACACGUUAGAAUUUGUCCAUCAAACAGCGCUACCAAGAGAGCACGGAGCGAACGCUGAGUAACUUCCGGAAGCUUGGGAAGAAGGCGUUGCAGACCGUCCAGCGUACCUUCGACACGGUUAUCGUAAGGAAAAAGCCCCCCUCCCCAUACUCACAAUGAAAUUUGUGAUGCUGAUUUGUGACCACAAAUCAGCUCUGUCUUGUAUAUGAGGCAACUGGAGCCGUGUGGCGCAUUCCACAGCCAAUCUGUAAUGCGCUUUUGCCUACUGCAGAGCUGUCUGUCAUGCCUGAGUGCUAGCCUUUUGCAUACCUAAUCAGGCACAGCAAAUGCCUGCAAGCGCUCGCUGCACUAUAGCGCUGAUUUGUGUACACAAAUCCAGCAACAGAAAUUUCCGCUUCAAUAGGGGGAGGGGGGUUUUUUCACUUUGAUAGCGGUUGACUUACAUCUCAACUUGGUCGAACGGGUUGCCAUAUCCUGUGCAAAAGUAUCGUACUCGUAUUGCAAUCAUGCAUUACAAAUCUUUAUCUUGAGGUAAAUCAGCAUUACAAAUUUUAUUUCUCACGCUGAGGAAAUUUGUAAUGCAUUUAGACGAAGACGAUUCAUUUGCACUUCAUAUGCCAACGAGAAGGGAGAGAUCGUUGCCUGCAGAACCGUGGACGCGCAGCGUAUAGAAGAAAUUUUUUGCUGAUAAUUAUAAAUUCUUUUCAGGAGCGAUGCUGCUGGAGGUCGUUCGUUGCAGCUGCAGCCCCCUUGAUGUCUAAGAAAAUGGAUUAGGAUUCAUGUAGUUGUUCCGAGGACCGGACUAUGGAGUCUUCUUGCACAAGUCGUCGUCGAUAGUUGUGCAGAUUUGAAAAGCAGCUGCGCACGAGAACCAUCGCGCACUUUUUUAUGCAAAAGUCGUGCAAGAAGUAUUAGAAGCUAGAAUGUUCGAAAUUAUCGCAAUUCCUCUUCCAAACAGAUGCCGAGCGGCGGGCCGCCAUGGUGUCCGCUGUGAAAGCGCUUCCGGUCAACCUGGGUCAGGGCAAGGCGGGUGAGGGCGGCGAUAAGUUGAGGAUGUCGCUCGAAGGGUCAGGAUCGUUUAUCCAGAUGCGGAAGCAGACUGAGCGCGCGGUGAAAGCGCUGCAGCAGAUGGCGAAGCGAAGCUACGACUUGCUCACUCCUGACACCGCCGCCAAAUCCGACGCUGCGGUACUUCAAGAGGCCGAACACAGCCGGAAGAUGCUAUCCACAGUAAAUUUCCCGUAGCCGUACACGUACUACACAUGCAGUCUCGGCAUGACAAAACUUGCGUCCGAUCCUAGUUUAGCAUAACAAGCGUUAUCCUCCAAUAAUUGGUGAAAUUUGUGAUGCAUUUUGUACAUGUGCGGCGGGAAAUUUGUAUUGCAUAGAUUCAGCAGAUGCUGUACGAGAUGGCCAGUCCGAAAACGAGACAGGAGCUUAUCGAGGCGGACGAGCAGUCGUUUCUCCAGAAGAAAAUGAAAUUGAACAAAAUGAAGCAAUAUGCUUUGCAAAAGUAUCGCACUCGCACUAAUUGCAAUCAUGCAACACAAAUCUGCUUCCUAAGAUAAAUCUGCAUUACAAAUUUCAUUUGUCAUGCUACGCAAAUUUGUCAUGCGAUUUCUACUAGUACGAUACUUUUGCAAUGCAUAAGCAAAGAUGCUUUUCUUGUGGAAACGCGCACGCUGAGGCGCUAGAGAGGAAACAGCAGAAAAUGGCAGUAUGCAGAGCAAAAGGUGGAUCGUGCUACUAGUGUGACGAGUUGCAUAGCAGUUGUAAAUGUUGAAAUAUUAAUAUGAUGAAUAUCUUGAAAAUCUUGAUGUUUCCCCCAUCCAAAAAUAAAUGAACUUGCUGUGCUGCAGGUGCUGAAAUAGAAAUUGAAAAAAAAAUAAUCUGUCUUGCCAGAGUUACUACAACUGCAACUACACGUACUAGUAUGUAGUAAACUUUUGCACAUGAUAGGACGAGGACGCCGCCGAAAUUUCGAUCGAGAACGCGAUGGGGCAGAUUGUGGAAACUGUGAAGGUAUCAAAUGCAAAUAUGUCUGGGUGGUCUGGAGCAGUGCAGAUUUUUGCCAUACUGUUUUUGCAUAAAACAGAAUGUCUGUCAUGGAAGCCCUAGCAUCACAGAGUUCGAGAAGCUUCCGCAUUGCUUAAUCCGCAUGACAAGUCCCCCACUUUGGAGGUGACAGGAAAUGGGCAUCUUUUUCUGCCUAUGCAUGACAGAUUUGUCUGUGUUGUGACAUGCGCAGCACAGGUUCACAUCCUUCCUUCAGACCCAGACUACAUAUUUGCAAUGCAUAGAAGGAUCCGGAACUGUACGUGGAAAAGGGACAAAGCGCGCAGGAAAUCGCGGACGAAUUCCACAAAAGGGGCCUCAGCCUGCACGAAGCCUACUCCGACCUGUGGACCGAUUUUCAGGAGUUGAAUCUGUUCGCCGGGCGGGAGGCAGUGCUGGCCGAAGACGCGCUGAACCGGACCCGAGCCUCCGCAGGGGAACUGCUGUACCACCAAGCACUGGAGCACGAUUUUGCCAACGACAUGUUGUGCGGCUUGUUCAGCGAGGCGGUGAAGCACCUGGACGACGGCGCUGCAGAAACCGACCUCUCGGACGUGUACGAUGCCGCUACGGCUGCUCCGAUCGGCGGUACUGACGAUGUUGCUCCACCUCCAAGUGGAGAAGGUCCUUCGGCUGGGGAAGAAGCUCCGGCCAGCACCACGUCGGAGGUCGCUACACCAGCAGCAGAAGAUGCAGAAGCUGCAACAAGCAAGGAGGAGGCCUCCUCUUCCUUCUUUCAGAAAACCACCGACAAGAAAGAGAAGCCCGCCUGGUCGGACGAAGAAGAGGAAGUGCCGAGCAUUGUGAAGCUGAAGACCACGUUUGUGUACCCAAGUUACGCCAACGUGAACGAGGACCGGAAUGCUAUGGACGCGUCAGGACCGAAAUUUCCGACAUAGGUCUUGAAAUGAUUUGCCAUGCAUAAAAUCGAUACGACUUGGAAGCCCAGUUUCAAACCGGCGCAUGACAAAUUUCAGCCUCAUGUAAAUCCAAUUUGUGAUGCUGUUUAGGGAAAGAGGGCAUCUUUUGUUAUGCUACUUGAGCAGCUCCGUUAUCAAGAACCCCAAACAGGCUCCUCACAAUCGGCCUCGCUUGCCACCCUCGCAAGACAGGGAUCUUGUGCAUUGCAUUUUAUGCAUUACAACUUUGUCAUCAAUUUCGGUCCUGAUGCCGUUCCAUAAAUGCGGGCGCGUUUCGGAUGCGAGAUUUUUUCUGCAACAACGGGUUGCAAGAAUCGGCUGUGUAUCAACCGCAAAUAUGAUGUCUGGGUCUGGAAGAUUGCAAGACUUGUCAUGCUAGUCUGGCAUGACUCUGCACUCUGUAUUGCGUGGCCACAAACAGCCUCUCUCGCCCGUCAUGCAAAAACGCAGUCUCUCAUGCGGAAUACGCAGUACAGAAGAACGAAAAAACUUGUCAUGCUCGGCUGCGCAUUACAGUUCACUUUUGUUUACUGACUUGCAUCACAAGUUUCCAGACGCAGACAUAUUUGCAAUGCAUACUGUGGCGCGAGCGACUGGGAAGGCGAGUCAACUAAUCGUGGAGGUGAAGAAGGAGGUCAAUGCGCAGACGGGAAGCUACUUGGGGAGCGGCGAGAAGGUUUUGUCGGAUUUGAAAAACGGAUACCUGGAAGAAUAUCCACGGCGAAUAUCAUUUCUGGGCCAUCUUCUGGAAGGUUGCGAGGUUUGUCAUGCUAGUCUGACAUGACUCUGAAGUCUGUGUCUGUCUGCAUUUGAAAUUCGCAACACAGAGUGAAGAAGAAUAAACCUGUCAUGCUUAUCGGUGUAUGUACACACUUCUCACAGUAUUCUUAUUGUUCACUGACAACUUGCGUCACAACUUUCCGAAGAGCCCAGAACUAGAUGUAUUUGCACUGCAUAAGGACGUGCCCACCACCCCGGAGGAUGUCACGUACGGAAAGGAAGUUCCAACGCUAUCGAGGAGAAAUUUACCAUACAGUACACGUAGAAAUGCAAAUGGUCUGCCACCAUGACAGGUUUUGUCGUGUCCUCCGCAUUGCAAAUCAAUGGCGCCGGCUGGUACGUACUGGAAGAAAGCCGAAGUUUGUGAUGCCUUUUGUGCAUGGACUGUAAAUAAAUUUCUCUUGCAUAAGCUCCAACGGAGGUUUACGAGGAGGAGGUCGUGCCUCAGGCGCCGGAAGCCGCGACCGAAUCCCAAGCAGCGGCCGUGGAAGUGGAGCAACCAGCCACGGAAGUUGCCGAAGUUAGCCACGAAAACAACGAGCAGGAGGCUGCACCAGCGGCUGCUCCCACGACUGCGGAUGAAGCUGCGACUGGGGAAAAACAAUCCUCCUUUGCGCAAAAAACCAACAAAGCUAGAACAGCAAGAACGAAAUCUACUACUGCAGCCACGACAAAGCAGGUAAAAACGAAUCUGAAGAAGCAGAAAAAAUCACCUCUCCAUAUGGCUUGCUCAGAUGUUACAAUCUGAAGCGUUACAAUAGAAUCUGGAUUUUGUAUGGCGUGAUGAACAUGACAGACUCACAGGGCGCUCCACUUUCUGCAAGACAAAUUUCGCCAGAUGAUUCUAGUGCGGUUUGGGACUCGAAAACUUGUCAUGCGCAAUCCUGUGGGUGGAGUAAGCUGGAUCAUGCGCGCUUGCAUCACAAAUUGCGAUAUUCUAUUGGAACGUUUGAGAUUGUAACACCUGAGCGCGUUAUAAUCCACUGGUCCCAGCCCACGCCGUGGAUCGAGCUCGGGCAGAUAUGACAGUGCACAACUCCCCCUCGCCCUCAUUUGUCUUGCAUAAACAGCAAUGCAAACGCCAGCGACCCUGUGGCCUGUGCAUGGCAAAUUUUAUGUAUACUUACAUUGAUUGUAGUACUGUUUGGGCUUUCGAAAUUUGUCACGCAAACAGAGCCACAGGGCAGCGACUGGAUUUGAUGGGGUUUUGCAUGGCAAAUGAGGGAGAGGGGGAGUUGUGCACUCUUAUAGCAGAAGCUUCAGUACGCGAAGGUCUUCAGCAUCUACGUCCUCGGAAUCCUGUUGAUUGUGCUAGCGCUCAAGUGGUUGCAGAUCGUCCUCAUGAAGCAGUGGGAAAAGCGGCUGGGUGCAGUGAUCGGAAAUAAGGACGCGAAAAUUAGUCCGGUUCUUUCGGGGGAAGGAACAUCAGGCGUCAACGUGAUUCGACAGGAGGUAGGUGCGGCGGGAAUCGUUGACAAACACGACGAGUCAGAUACGGACGACGAAGAUGAGGAGAGACCGAUGAUGAUGCAAAGACCGAAGACGCAGUCGGUGUGAAGAAGAGGAGGAGGAAGAUGUGUGGUGGCAGAGAAAUGAAACUUGGUAUGAGCAUGAAGAUCAUGGUCUCAAAUGCGCAUCUUCACAGAUCAUUGGAGAAACUUGCUUAACUGUCGUUGUAGUAGAGACUUUCUUGCUUUGAAACUCACAAUUUGAAAACUUGUCACACUUGAAGUUGUUGUCCACGAUUUGUUGUUAUCGGAAAGAGAACCUUGUCGAAGUAACUGUUUGCCAUGAAAGCCAAAACUUUUACGCGAAAAUUAAUCUUGACUUGACUCGACGAAAUAAAUUCAUUGCACGAUCUCGUGCUCCAAAGAAGAUAUCAGGCGAUGAACAUCAGCCUGAAAAAUCCAUGACUCGCAACCCUCUAAUAGAAUUGAUAGCCGGAAAACUUCCCCGAAGACUUUCGAGGGGUAGCAGCGCAAGAAUUUCGCAAACGGGGCGCGCGUGGACGCGUGGGCCACAAAGGGCCCGCCUUCAUUCUGAAGCUGUUUCUUUUUGAGAAAUAAGGGGCCUACAUUCCGUCCAGAAACGGGACGAGAAGAACGCGCUUUCUGACUUCGGAAGAGUUUUCAUUUUGGAAGACUUCUCACUCCGGUCCGUUUCCCGCAGGUCUUCGAACAGCGGAGUGAGAGGUCAGCGACCUCCCGCUUCUGAAGCAUUUUCAUUCUGGAAAAGUGAGAAAUCACUGAUUUCUCACUUCUCAAAAGUUUCCAUUUUGAAAAAGUGAGAAGUCACUGACUUCUCACUUCUGAAAAAUUUUCAUUUGGGAAAAGUGAGAAAUCACUGGUUUCUCGCUCUGUUUCUCGAAUACCUUCGAGAAACGGAGUGAGAAAUCAGUGAUUUCUCACUUGUGAAAAAUUCUCACUCCGGAGUCGGAGUCGCGUUCACUCUUUCCAGAGUGAGAAUUUUUCAAAAGUGAGAAAUCAGUGAUUUCUCACUACUUUUCUCGAAGGUACUUCGAGCCCCGAAGACCUUCGAGCCGUCAGGAUUUCGCGAGAGUGAGAAAUCACUGACUUCUCACUUCUUUUCCCACCCUAAGCCUUUCGGAAUGUGUAAUGACUUGUCACUCCGAGUGAAAACACCGCUGAGCUUUCACUUGGUUUUUUGAGUGUCUUCUGGAGGCAGACUGAAAGCUCGCUGCGUGCGAAAAGUUGGUGGAGUUUCACUCCCCCACUUUUCCAGCCUAUUCGUAAAACGGAGCGAAAAGGCGCGGGCUUUUUAUUUGCUUCCUGAGGGGCGAGCCCGAAGCGCAAAGUCAACGAGUUUUCGCUUUUGUUGACAGCGCGCAAAGUCAGCCGGUUUUGAUUGCCCGCCUAGGGAGAUUUGUUUUGUGCCGCCGAUCUUCGUGCUGCUGCAGAUGUUUGCUAAGCUUCAAAAGAACUACACCAGCGCGCCAAACCGAUCGACUUGGCAUGAAUUGCGUCCCCCGAGGGCGUUCGGAGAAGUUUUCCGGCGAAAAGGGGGGGGCUUUGAAGAAGACAUCAGGCGAUGAACAUCAGCCUGAAAAAUCUUAGUACGCCUACUCAGACAAAAACAAACUUAGCUUUGAUGAAUUUACGCAGAUUGACAGACUAUCCAGACCUUUACUAGCAGACGAUAAACAAACACGCAAGAGAAAUGUAGCUUUCACAUUGAAGACUUAUCAGACGUGUACCGUUACUAGAGCCAAUAUUAAAAUCGAAUUCAUUAGAUGUUGAUACGGUAUACUGUAUUAACGGCAGGAGAAAUUCCAAGAAACAAACCAGACAUCUCAUCUUGUUUGCUUGAUUACAGACUACCAUUCUGAAUUGUCUUUGAAAUAAUGUAUUUGUAGCAGAUUUGACGAGCGUUAUUCUCUAGGAAAUGAAAUUAGCUUCUGUAUUGUACAAUUUGACAAGUUUUACCUUUGUUGUCCCUACGCUUGACCCUCUAGAUUCCUGUCAUGUCGAAUCCCGACGUGAAUUUAGAUUGUGCCUGUGCCCUGGCACAGACAACGCCGUGACAAGCGACUGUAUAAUGAAUUACAAUGAAGUGAUUUUUAGCGAUAGAAGUUGAAUUUUAAAGCGGCUCAAAAUUAGGAAAAAACAAAAAGUACAGAGCGCCUGGGCAAAGAGUGGCUUUGUACAAUCAUCUUAGGAGGUCGUGGAGCACCACUAGCAAUGAUAAUGUUGCAGCGAAAAAUAUAGAAACGAAAAUACGUCGCACCUCAUUCGGGAAAAAAAUGUACAAUUAGUGCGCGACGACCGAUGCGAAUAUCCUUGAUAGAGACUGUACAGUGAUGUUAGGAUAACAACAAAGACGCAGACGAUGCAACAGAAAAAGAGCUCCAGACAGAACCUGGCUCUGACCACAGGGAGCACGGGGGUGGUUUCGCAGCUUAGAAAGCGGUGGCCCACAACAGACUGACGC